AGCUAAGACGCAUUUUAGCAUAGGAGCUUAGAGUUUUGCAUUUUUUCGGUUGCUCAAAUUUCAAAGAACUUACCUGAUUAUAUUGUUUAUAACUCAUACAUAUUUUUUAGUAUUUAUAUUUUUAGCCAACACAAUUAUUCAACAAUGGAUGGAUAGAUGCAUAACUGUAGACUCAUAUAUGCGUUUGACGUAAACAUAAUUACACCACUCAUAUUGUUUGGAGGGUAUUGAAAACCAUUUAUUUAAAAAAAUGAGUUUUAAGAUUCUAACAGUUAUGGCUGUUGCACUGACGUUAGUCGAUGACUCUGUAUUUAUAACAACCACUCAGCUCAAUGCAUCGACCAACGCUCCUCUUCUGCUGCACGAAAAUCGGACUUCAAAAGAAAUGCAAGAUAAAUCUAAAUUGGUUCAUGAUUUGAGUGUAGAACUCAAGACAACAGGUCGUAAGUCAACUACUGACGAUUACAAUACAUUUUCGUCUUUGACGUCCGAUGUUUUUGUGGAGACCCCGUCAUCAGUUUCUAAUACUAAAUCGUACCCUUCGCUGACUACCAGCACGCCGGCAUUCGUUACUCGUGGCAGAUAUAUCAGAAAUCCGUUCUACUUCAGCAAGGAAGAUCAAGAAGUCGAAUUCGAAGAAGAUCAACACGCAGAUGUGUUGUUAAAUGGUGCAUUUCCGAAAUGGAAUAGCAGGUAUAAUACUAAUCACAGACAGUUGAAUAAGUACGGUUCGACGCCCAUUGAAACAGACAUCACGGUCGACGAAGACGGAUCGACAGGUUACGGAAGCGCGUUCGAAUUUGGCGGCGGAGGUGGUAACGUAGGGGCAUCUAGUUACGAGUCCGGAAACUACCGAAAUCCAAACAACGGAUGGUCAGGCGGAGAUAGCAUGAUGGAGUGGUACGGCGAACAAAUACCACAGUCAUCGCGCCCUGUUCCCAUAAUCGCCGAAAUCCGCCAUCCUAGCAAACACAAAAUGUCGAUCGACGUGACCAAAAUCGGUCUGUUUGCGUUGGUGAAGAUCGCGAUGGCCAAGUUGAAAGCGCUGGGCUUCAUCAAGGCCAUGUUGUUCAUGUUGUUCAAACUCAAACUCCUCAUACUCGUGCUGGCCAUCAAGGCCCUGAUGUUUAUGAAAAUUGUGAAAAUGACCCUGUUCCUUCCAGCUCUCUUGUCCAUAUUUACGUGGCCAAUGAUCCUAUCGCGUCUAUGGAACCUGCACAACAUAGGCAACCAGCCGGUUUUAGUACCGAAUAACUUUGGCAACAUGAGCCCAUCAAACAAUCCACCUGUAGGUCCAAAUGGACCUGAGGGAGGCGAUGAUGAUGAUGGUAAGAGGAUGAGGAAACGUCUAGACAAUUUCCAAUUAAUAGAAACUGGAAUGGCUAGCUUCAGACAAAUCAUGCGAUCCGAAAAGUGCGUGGAGAGGGUCUCUUGCCGUAUGGCUGGUGCAAAAAAACCAAGUUUGACACUAAUUUGGAUGAAUUGGGCUUUAUCACCUAUAUCGAACUAUUUACCAAGCAAGAAAAUAAGAUCCUUUGUUUCAACAUUUACAGAAGUAACCAAUUUUCGUUUAGAUAAUUUGUACACUAGACUGUUGCCAAGUAACUGGACGGAAUGGUGCAAUGAACAUUAUUCAUGUGAUGAAACUAAAAAAAAGUAUAAGAUCUAGGUAUUAAAGUAAAAAUCCUUUUUUUUAUUAUUUAUUAUUUAUUAUUUAAUAUUUAUUUUGUAUCCAUUCAAACAGUAGCAAUGUUAAGAUACAUUUAAAAACACUUAAUAUUUUAUAUUAUAUUGUAUUCAAAAUGUUUAU